CGAUCGAAAAAACGCCAACGUGACAUGUCGUUCUCGCCGUGAUUGACAAUUCAAAAGUCUUGGACAUUGUUGACAGAUUCCUGAAAAUUUGGACGGAAGCCCUAUAUAUGCAACACCGAAAGCGCGUUCGCUGUCUUUCGGAGAUCGCAGUGGUGUUCACGAGUCAGCGAGAGGUUAGGUUCCUCUAGGCUGUCACGAUGAGCCUACGCGAGCGUCAGAUAAACGCCUUGAAGCAGAUGCUGAAUCUGAAUCGGCCCGAGUCGCGGCACGAGGAGGCGAUGCCGACGUGGAAGCUUCUCAUCUACGAUCGCCUCGGCCAGGACAUCAUAUCGCCGCUCAUCUCCGUGAAGGAGCUGCGCGAACUCGGUAUCACGUUGCACAUGCAAUUGCACUCGGACCGUGACCCCAUCCCCGAGGUGCCGGCCAUCUAUUUCUGCGCACCCACGGACGAGAAUCUUGGCAGGAUUGGCCAGGAUCUGCAGAAUGGUCUGUACGACAUCUACCACUUGAACUUCAUCUCACCGAUCUCCCGGCAGAAGAUGGAAGACCUGGCAGCCGCGGCGUUGCUCGGCGGCGUCGUCGCCAGCAUCCACAAGGUGUUCGAUCAGUACUUGAAUUUUAUCACCUUGGAGGAUGACCUGUUUAUCCUGCGCCAUCAGAACAGCGACAUGAUAUCCUAUCACGCGAUCAAUCGCGGCGAUGUCAAAGAUAGCGAGAUGGAGUCUGUCAUGAAUGUUAUCGUAGACUGUCUGUUUUCAGUGUUCGUCACUUUAGGCACUGUACCCAUUAUAAGAUGUCCCAGAGGCAAUGCGGCAGAGAUGGUUGCCAAAAUGAUUGACAAGAAGCUGCGGGAGAAUGUUUGGGACGCCAGGAACAAUCUCUUCGAGGGCGAGGCCUGCGCGACCGGGCAUUACAGUUUUCAGAGACCUCUGCUUAUUGUACUGGACCGUAAUGUUGACAUGGCCACACCGCUGCAUCACACAUGGACGUAUCAAGCACUGGCACAUGAUGUUCUGGAGAUGGCACUUAACAGGCUGGUUGUAGAAGAAAAUGUAGGACGAUCUCCAGCUGGUGGAACACGUUCCAAGACGCGCGCCUACGAGUUGGACAACAGAGAUCGUUUUUGGUGCCAGCAUAAGGGCAGUCCUUUCCCCAGAGUAGCGGAGGCUAUACAGGAGGAACUAGAGCAGUAUCGCACCUUCGAAGAGGACGUGAAGAAGCUUAAAUCUUCUAUGGGCAUUGAUAACGACAGCGAAGUGGCGGUGUCUAUGGUGUCUAAUAAUACUGCACGCUUGACGAGUGCAGUGAAUUCGUUGCCGCAGCUUUUGGAGAUGAAACGCUUGAUAGAUAUGCAUACAUCGGUGGCCACAGGUAUUUUAAACGCCAUCAAGUCGAGACGACUCGAUACUUUCUUUGAACUGGAGGAGAAAAUUAUGAGCAAGCAAACGCUCGACCGAAGCGUGCUGGAGACCAUCGGCGACCCGGAUUGCGGUACUCCCGAGGAUAAAUUACGUCUAGCUAUUAUCUAUUAUAUUUGUACGAAUAUGUCUGACGCAGAGUAUAAUAAGCUAGAGGCUGCUCUGACCACGGCCGGCUGCGACCUGAAUCCCCUGGUCUACCUCAAACGAUUACGCAGUUACACCAGGAUAGCCGAGAUCCAGAGCAGCUACGAAGGAGGCGGCACCAAGACCGUCAGCAUGUUCUCCAAGCUGAUGAAUCAGGGCUCGUCAUUCGUCAUGGAGGGCGUGAAAAAUCUGGUGGUGAAGAAGCACAAUCUACCCGUCACCAAGAUAGUGGAUGAACUGAUGGAGUCCAAGCAAUCCUCGCGGACGGAGGAUUAUCUCUAUCUCGAUCCGAAGCAGCUCAAGCAUACCGAGCAGAUGCCGAAGAAUCGACCAACGUUUCAGGAUGUGAUAGUCUUUGUGGUGGGUGGCGGCAAUUAUAUAGAGUAUCAGAACCUGGUGGACUAUGUGAAACAACGAAGUGGCGCCGGGGUAAACAAACGGGUGAUUUACGGUUCCACGACUUUUAUUAAUGCCAAGCAAUUGCUGAAACAACUUUCUCUGCUCGGCCAGGAAGUUCAUUCGUGAACACGAUUCGCUAUAUUUGUCAUUCGCGACGAUUAUGUAUUCUCUUUUCAUUUCUCACUCUUUCUUUCUCUUUCGUCGACGCACAAGUUGACAGUCACGUUUUCUUUUUUAAAUAAGAUUGUUGAUAGUUUUUGUAUAAAGUACGUAUGAUAUAAAUAAAAUCAGGUUCGUUAUUUUUAA